UAGCUUAGCCCUUACGGCUUCUUCCAUUUUACCGGUGGAGAAAGGAAAGGGAGGGAGACACCAGAAGACGGACUCUGUUAUUGCUGCGUUUCCCCCCUCUCCUCUAAUCGCUCUUAUCCCCCAUUUCCUUUAUCUAUCAAGGGAAAAGGAAAUCUGCGAUCAAAAGGUACUCCUGAUGGAUUUCAAAUCGGUUUAUAAUAGUUUGCUGGAGGUUUUUCCUGAGAUAGACACACGUGUCCUAAGAGCUGUAGCCAUUGAGCAUUCUAAGGACGCAACCACAGCUGUGGAAGCUGUUCUCACUGAGAUAAUACCUUAUUUGACCAAGAAGAAUAUUUCAUCUGGCUUUCCUUCUGGUGUGGAGCAACGUCCAAAUCUGCCUACUCUUGGGGAUGAUAGAAAUUUAGUUGAGCUCCCAAGCUUUGCUGCAACUGCUAAUGCAUCAGAUGGAUCUUCCAAUAUUUGUGCUAUAGGUGAUUCGAGUAAAUCAUAUGUUGAAGAUGUGGUUGUAGAAUCAGUUUCAUCGGGAACACAAGAAGAAAGCUUUGGCACACCUAUAUCAUCAGUAGUCAAUUGUAGUUUGUUUCAUGAAAACAGUGUCGAGUCUGAUCUGAAAGACUUCAACACUUCUAGUGAUAAUGGAAGUGAGAAAGGUAAUCAAUGCAUUGAUAGGCAAGAUUUUGGUGAACUGUCUGUGAUGGAUGUCCAAGAAGAUAUUUUAGAUAAUUCACAUUCAGAUUCCAAUCAGUUGAAGAAUCCCAUGUCUGGUGAGCCACAAGUGCCUGCUCAGGAAUUCACACCAGACACUUCAACAGAAAAUUGUCUGGAAGAGCCAACUAGGUGUGAUGAUUUUGAGGAAUCACAAAAAAUCAAUUCAUCUAAUGAGAAUGAGGAAUUCACACCAGACACUUCAACAGAAAAUUGUCUGGAAGAGCCAACUAGGUGUGAUGAUUUUGAGGAAUCACAAAAAAUCAAUUCAUCUAAUGAGAAUGAGGAAUCACAAAAAAUCAAUUCAUCUAAUGAGAAUGAGGAAUCACAAAAAGUCAAUUCAUCUAAUGAGAAUGAGGAAUCACAACCAAUUGUUGCUUCUGCUGGAGAUGCAACAAUUAGUGAAGUGGCUGAUUUUGAGAGUGAACAUUCCUUGAAUACUGUUGUUACACGUUCUGGCCAACUUUGCAGAAUUGAUAUGCUUGAGGAUAUCAUUGAAGAUGCAAAAGAUAACAAGAAAACUUUGUUUACAUCAAUGGAGAUUGUAAUUGGCUUGAUGAAAGAAGUAGAGCUUCAAGAACAAGCUGCAGAUUGUGCCAGGAAAGAAGCUGCAAAGGGAGGCUUGGAUAUUCUCACCAGGGUUGAUGAACUUAAGGAAAUGUUGCUGCACGCAAAGGAAGCAAAUGAGAUGCAUGCUGGAGAAGUUUAUGGAGAAAGAGCCAUCUUAGCUACUGAAGUGAAGGAGCUUCAAUCUCGUCUUUUCAACUUGUCUGAUGAAAGGGACAAUUCUCUUAAUGUUUUAAACGAGAUGCGUGAAGCAUUGGAGCAGCGUUCUUUAGAAGCUGAAAGAGCGAUAAAUACAGCUAAGAAUGAAAAGCUGGUAAAAGAAAAUGUUGCGAGAAGAGCUCUUACUGAGCAAGAGCUCGUAAUGGAGAAGGUGGUGGAAGAGUCUAGGAUACUGAAGCAGGAAGCCGAAGAGAACACCAAGUUGAGUGAAUUUCUCAUGGACCGUGGUCGUGUUGUUGACACGUUGCAAGGAGAGAUAUCAGUGAUAUGUAAGGAUGUAAAAGUGCUGAAACAGAAGUUUGAUGAGAGGCUUCCACUAUGCAAAUCUCUCUGUACAAGCCAGACAAGCUGUCUUUUGGCUUCUUCGAACUCGUCUCUGAAGGGGGGCAGCACCAUUUCACCUGAAGAGAAUACAGUCCCAAGAGUUGGAAUUGCUUCUGAGGAUAGUCCUUCAUCUCCUGUGGAAGAAAAGAUAGCCCCCUCUGGUAGCGAAGUAGACUCUCUUGUGGAGGACGGUUGGGAUUUCUUUGAUAACCACGAGCUUGAACUUCCGUGUGAUGGUUUUUAAGAUCUCGAGAGGAUUGGAACUUUUUGUUUGCUUAUGUUGGGUUGGUUAAUAAUAAAUAAAAGCUUUUCAUCAGCUAGCUUGUUGGUGUGUGGUAUUGUUGUAUAGCACACUUAGUAGAGACGAAUUAACUAAAAGUUAAAACAUAUAUUGUUUUUGAAGCAAGUUUUGUUAUCUUCUUCUGUACA